AUGAAACUACGCAACAAUAAGCAAGUAGGGUUUGGUAGAAUGGUUGACGCUGAUCUAACAACAAGUGUGGGUGAUAUCAGGAGAUUGGGAUUUAUCCAUGUCUUGCGCCAAAUAUGGAAAUACUUUGGCCAGGAGCGCAUCGCGAAAACAAUAGCUUUGCUAUGGAGGUAUUUAAAGUCACUUGAGAUCUUUAGUUUUAUACUUUAUUUAUCCGGUUUCUUGUUUGUUCUCAUGUCAAACACCAAUUCAAAACGAGUAUGUCUGUUCGUUACUAUAGUUCGGCAUGGCGAGACUGAAUUAAACAGAAAGGUUCCACGAGUUUUGCAAGGACAAUCUGAUCAUCCAAUGAAUAGUACGGGUAUUCAGCAAUCAAAUGCGCUGGCCUGGAGACUUCGUAAAUAUCAACUCGAUUAUAUUUAUUGUAGUGAUCUGUCUAGAGCAAAUCAGAUGGCGGUCGAGAUUGCAAAGUAUCAUCCAGAAGCUCCAGUUGUCAAAGACGAGCGACUUCGAGAAAUGAAUCUGGGCGAGCUUACAGGAUUAUCUUGGCCUAAAGUCAAGAGCAUUUUGAAAAAAGAAGACAAGCACUUUGAGGAUGUAGUUGGUCGUAAAGGAGAACGACCUGCUGAUUUUCGUAAUCGAGUGAUCAACUUUUACGGUGCAUUACUCUCUCGCCAUCUCGUUCAACCCCAUGAAAAGAUUAUGACGGCCAUGUUUGCUCAUUCAUUAAAUUUGAAUACCACCGAAGCUAAUGCAGCCGCUGUGUAUAAAUCAGCCAUUGCAUCGGCUAUUCCAGGCCAAGUCUGCGAGCCAUUGACUAAAAGCUUAUUGACACGCAGUCAUGCCGCUCCAGUAAGCAAAUCAGACGAGUCGGCAUCAUUACAAGUUGAAAAUAUGCCAUCCAUUCCCAAGAUGAAGCAAAGACACAUCCUUUUAGUAUCCCAUGGCGGCUGGAUUGAACAACUUUUUAAAUACUUGUUGGAAGAUAUGAAAUUCACUGUUGAGGGUAAAACAGACAUUGGGUUCCCGAAAAAUGCGUCCAUGUAUCAGUUCAGAAUUUCCAAAUCUCACAAACCGGAUGGCGACUAUGAAUGGGAGGGAUCUGUUCAGCUAAUGAAUAGUGUCGGACAUUUGGCUUGUUUGGAGAAAAAUACUUCUGAGCCAUACAAUCCUGAAGCACCGAGCGCUACGAAUACUGUCAAGGCUGUUGCUGGUGUAAUUAGUCCAUCACCAUCGCGCCGAAAUAUCAUAGUGGGUCCCAACUCGGCUGGUGUUCCUAGAGGACUUGUUCAGCCUCCUAGAAAAAAGCUGAUUGAUUUCAUGAAGGCUCCACAAAACAAGUCAGCAGAAAGAGUUCGCAGUCUAGGCUGGUGA